UAAGAAACCCCGAAGAUCAUAAAAAUCGAAAUCCCUAAUUCCCAAAUUAGCCAAAGAAGAAACCCCAGCGUAAGAGUAAACAAUGGUGUGCAUACGCAAGGCGACCAUGGACGACCUACUGGCGAUGCAGGCUUGCAACUUGCUUUGCCUUCCCGAGAAUUACCAGAUGAAGUACUAUUUCUACCACAUCCUCUCUUGGCCUCAGCUCCUUUACGUCGCCGAGGACUACAACGGCCGCAUCGUCGGUUACGUCCUCGCCAAGAUGGAGGAUGAAACCAACGAGUGCCACGGCCACAUCACCUCUCUCGCCGUCCUCCGCACCCACCGCAAGCUUGGCCUCGCCACUAAGCUCAUGACCGCUGCGCAAGCUGCUAUGGAACAGGUGUUUGGAGGAGAGUAUGUCUCGCUCCAUGUGAGAAAGAGUAACAGGGCAGCAUUUAAUCUGUAUACUCAGACGUUGGGUUAUAAGAUACAUGAUGUGGAGGCGAAAUAUUAUGCAGAUGGGGAGGAUGCAUAUGACAUGCGGAAGCAAUUGAAAGGUAAGAGUAGUCAUCAUCACGGCCAUCAUAAUCACCACCACCAACACCAUCAUGGUGGUGGAUGUUGUUCGGGUAAUGCGAGGAGCGUAGAAACAGUUCAUAUGAGAGGAGAUUCUAAAUCAGAAUCAAAAGCUAGCACAUAAUCUGAUUCAAAAGUUGGAUGAUUACCUGGAGGUAAAUUUAAGUAUCCGGAGAACUAUAACUGGCAUUGGCUUAUUUUCUCUAGGCUACCAUUUUUUGCUCAUCGUAUUUUCAGUUCAUUAAAAUAAUAAUCUGAUUGGAGAUUUCGAAACUAUGUUGGCUUCCUACAUGAGAUUUGGUAUAAUUCCAGCUAAACACAAUGUUUUCUUUA